CUGAGUUCAGUGACUGCCUGUCUGAGACGAGGACACUCUAUGGACACAAUACCGUCAUCAUCUGCUACAUGUAAACUUGGGCUGAAUGUCAAGCAUAUAGCAAUCAUUCUCAAAACCUGUAUUGCGUUCACAACAUGACUAGACGAUCACAGCGCAUUUCCCUCUCACAUUUCUUCCAAAGGCGAAAAGAACAAAAGCCAUAUAAGACAACUACUAAUAUCAUUCUCCAGUCCCCUACAAAGAAGUCCCGCCCCAAAGCCCAAAGCCAAAGUAUCUCUCCAUCUCUCCCUCCCAACCAGGCGCCCGAUAUAUAUACACACAAAGUUCUCAUCAAACGCCACCGCAUCAUGCUACAACAUAACAUCCCGUUCCCAUCGUCAAACACCUUUCAUCAACUCCAUAUAGCUUAUGCUCGCCCACUCUAUACACCAGCAGUGCGCAUCAUCCGCACACACACACACACACACAUCUCCAACGGGGAGAACUGUCUCUCUCUCUCUAUCAGACAAAAAGGAAAAAAAAAUCGCUCAAAUCGGUAUAUCGGGGGUCUUCGUUUACAGCCUGGCUCUCUCCUUUUUUGGGUGUUUUUCUUACAACUUGGGUCUUUGGUAAUCCAGAUCUUCAGGGGGGCCCGAGCGUAGUUAUUCGCGCAUGUUGACAACGCAGCGAAUACAGUCACCAGCCUUCAUGUCGCCGAAAGCCUGGUUGAUCUUGUCGAGUGGUUGACGGUGGGUGAUGAACUGAAAG